AUGGACGCGAUGACGGAGGACGAGCCCUCCAGUAAGCGCGUGAGGGAGGAGACGCCCGGGAAGAGGGUAAACGGAGACGCGAGCGGGACGCCAGAAAGAGGAGACAAGGCGAAGUACGAGAGCGAUGCAAAGCCGUCAACCGCGUCGCCGACGUCGCCGGUGAGAGGUGCGUACGCAACCAGAGAGUCACACCUGAGGAAGCAAGAGCGAGACGGUGAGCUCAAGUGGGAGGUUAUUACGAAUGACGGCGUUGAGCGCCACUCAAAACACUUGGUGGCGCUGAAGAACAUUUUUAGCAAGCAGUUGCCGAACAUGCCCAAGGAGUACAUCGUGCGAUUGGUGUUCGAUUCGAGGCACAAAUCAAUGUUGUGCAUGAAAAACGGGAACGUGAUCGGUGGGAUCACGUACAGGCCGUUCCCGAAGCAGCGCAUGGGGGAAAUCGCUUUUUGCGCCAUCAGUGCAAACGAACAGGUCAAGGGAUACGGCACGCGAUUGAUGAAUCACAUCAAGGAGUACGCCAAGGAAACAGAGAACAUGACGCAUUUGAUCACGUUUGCUGAUAACAACGCGGUCGGAUACUUCCAAAAGCAAGGCUUCACGAAGGAAAUCAUGAUGGAGCGGGAGAAGUGGAAUGGGUACAUCAAGGAGUACGAUGGCGGGACCAUCAUGGAGUGCCAACUUGAUGGACAGGUCUCGUACGUGGACUUUGUGAACCAGAUUCGAGAACAACGCAAGGCGGUGGAGGCGAAGGUGCGAGAGAUGAGCACAGCGCACAAGGUUUAUAACGGCCUGAAGGACCAUUUCAAGCCCAGCGCCGACGGCAAGUACACGCCGAUCGACGUGAAGCACAUCAAGGGCCUGAAGGAGGCGAAGUGGGAGCGCACCGGCCUGCCAAAGUUCCGAUUAGUCCACCCUGGAUGCGGCGAUGGAUUGCCGACGAAGGAAAAUAUGCACAAAUUCAUGCGAGCGAUCGUGAACAUCGUGCAGGCGCACGCGGACGUGUGGCCGUUUGGCGGUCCGGUCAACCCGAUUGAAGUUCCGGAUUAUUACGAAGUCGUCAAGGAUCCCCUGGACAUGGAACUCAUCCAAGAGCGCGUCGCCUCGGGAAACUACUACGUCUCGCUAGAGAUGUUUUGCGCCGAUUUCCGCCUGAUGUUCAACAACUGCCGCCUGUACAACUCCCCGGACACGGUGUACUUCAAGUGCGCCAACCGUCUCGAGACCUUCUUCGAGUCCAAAAUCGCCGCCGGCAUCAACUGGAAGGUGCGCGAGCCCCCUACAAAGCGAUGA